AUGCAUGAAAUUGUUACACUUCAACUUGGCCAGAGGGCUAACUACCUAGCAACCCAUUUUUGGAAUCUGCAGGAAUCAUACUUUACAUACGAUGGGGAACAGUCUGAUGUUGAUCAUGAUGUUCACUUUCGACCUGGUGUUGGAGCAGAUGGCUCCGAGACUUACACCCCACGCACAGUAAUCUAUGAUCUGAAGGGCGGAUUUGGAACAUUGCGCAGAUACAAUGCACUCUAUGAGCUAAGUGAAGACUCCACGGCAGGUCAAGGCUUAUGGGAUGGACGAGAAAUAGUCCAGAAGCAAACUCCGAUUCAGCAAAGUGAAUAUCAAAAAAGCUUGGAUCUGGGCACUCCAGCCCCUCGGCUGACCUCAGAGCCCGUACGCUACUGGUCAGACUAUAACAGAGUGUUCUAUCAUCCUAGGUCCAUUGUUCAGUUGAAUGAAUACGAACUGAACUCCCAGACCAUGCCUUUUGAGGAUUGGAAUGUUGGAGAAGAGUUAUUCAAAAAUCUUGACAAGGAGCAUGAUCUACUGGAUCGGGACGUGAGACCUCUCCUUGAAGAAUGUGACCACUUGCGAGCACUGCAACUCUUCUCCGGGUCAGAUGAUGCCUGGGGCGGAUUCACUGCCCAGUAUAUGGAAAGACUCAGAGAUGAAUUCGGAAAGAAAAGCAUUUGGGUCUGGGCUAUUGAGGAUGGUACGAAAAGACAACGGCAUCACCAGUUCAAGAAGGAUACGAACAAGGCCAGGUCGCUUUACUCGAUCUCCCCACUGGCAUCGCUCUAUUCUCCGAUUAUUGACGUUCCGCAUAAGCUGCCCGGUUACCUCAAUGUUGAUCGCCAAUCAGAAUGGCAGAAAACUGCCCUGAUAGCCUCAGCCAUUGAAUCGGUCACACUGCCUUCCAGAUUGCGGCCAUAUCAGCAUUUCGAGGCCUCUCUCGCCGGAGAAGAUGGCACGCACACCAUCUUCGAAUUACAAUCUUCCAUCAAUAAAAUCAAAAUCAAUGAUGGUCAAACCAAGGCCUCCAAUGAAGAUGGACCGACCAAAGCCGAAAUUGAAUUUGACAUUGACUUCGCCUAUGACGGCGAGUACAUAAAGGGCGCUCAUAUCUUCAACCAAGUCCAAGUAACCCGUGGAGACGAACCGGAAAGGGACAGCGAGUCUACGGAGGACAGCGACAUUGGACACCUUCGCAAACUCAGACGAUACAACUCCGAGGCGAUGCUGCAAAGUUUCCACACGCCACUCAGCAUGCCUAUUCUUGACAGUUUCCCGCACGACAUGUUCCCCACCCCCGAGACAGGUGCUGGAGUAAAUGUGUUUACCGCAUUGACCGCCUCGACACGGACAGCUCAGAGGAUCAAGGCUAUUUCGGCAACUGCCGCACGCCUGGUCUCAGUUGAUGAGCGUGAGGCCUUGGUCAACGGACUCGGUGAGAUUCGAGAGUACUACGAGACAGGGUGGAGUAGUGGCUCGGACGACGAGGAUGACUAG